ACAACAACGAAUGUGCUGAUGACAACGGUGGUUGUUACCACGCAUGCGUGAACACUCCCGGAAGUUACUACUGUGUGUGUCUCCCAGGGUUCACCAUGCUUAGUGACGGCAGAGAGUGCAAGGAUAACGACGAAUGUGCAGUUAAUAACGGUGGUUGCGAACAAAUAUGUAUCAACGACCCGGGCUCGUAUCAGUGUGCGUGCACUCAUGGGUUUGCACUCCUGGCGGACGGCAAGACGUGCAAUAAGACAACAUUUGACGAAUGUGAGGCUGGGUUUCACAUGUGUCAGCAGAACUGUAUCGAUACAUUUGAUUCCUACAUCUGCACAUGCGUGACAGGCUUCACUCUGCAUCCCAAUGGCCUAAACUGCUCAGAUGUUGAUGAAUGCGAGCUAAACCAAGAUGGCUGCGACCAUAACUGUACCAACACGUACGGUUCUUACGAGUGCAGCUGUGCCGUGGGGUAUAGACUUACCGGGGAUAACAUGACAUGUGAAGAUAUAAACGAGUGUCUCACUGACAAUGGUGGUUGUGAGCAGGAAUGUGUCAACGUUCCCGGGUCAAGAAAGUGUCACUGUCGCCAUGGUUACGUCAUCAGUCUUCUAGAUGACACCAAGUGUAGUGAUGUGAAUGAGUGCGCUGUAAACAAAGGCGGUUGCCACCAUUUCUGUACUAAUACCAUCGGCUCGUUCCAGUGUAGCUGCUUGGUUGGCUUUCGGCUUAAAGAAGGCGGUCUCCAGUGUGAAGAUGUGAAUGAGUGUCUCUCUGAUAAUGGCGGGUGUGAACACAAGUGUACCAAUACCCAGGGCAGUUUUUACUGCUACUGUGACAAUGGGUACAAACUGUCCUCCGAUAACAAGACAUGCUUUGACAUUGACGAGUGUGCCCUGAAGCAACACCACUGUCAACAAAUCUGUUCUAACACCCAGGGGUCGUACGAGUGCUCUUGUAACCAUGGUUACACGCUGUUAGUGGACGGUAGAAGUUGUGAUGAGAACGAGUGUCUGACUGGGAGACACAACUGUAACCAGCUGUGUUACGACACCCCGGGCUCCUACACAUGUGACUGUAAUGAUGGAUAUACGCUGUUAGCUGACGGCAGAACAUGUACAGACAUGAACGAGUGCACUACGAUGGCUCACACGUGUCAACAGGUGUGUAUGAACACCAUUGGUUCCUAUCAAUGUGCCUGCAGACCCGGAUAUAAGCUGAACCCAGACCUCAGGACUUGCAGAGAUAUCGAUGAAUGUAUAGCCCGUACCCAUGGUUGUAGCUGGGAGUUUGGUUGUUUUAACACAGAGGGGUCGUACAGGUGUAACUGUCCCCUGGGGUACCAGCUGAACGCUGACGGAUACACCUGUAGAGACAUUGAUGAAUGUGCCAGCAGGACAGCAGAGUGUGAGCAGGAUUGUAAUAACGUAGAGGGCUCCUAUAUCUGCUCCUGCUUCCUUGGUUACAAACUAGACCCUGAUGGCAGGGCGUGUAACGAUAUUGACGAAUGUGCGUUAGGCAAGGAUAACUGUGCCCAUGACUGCUUCAACCACGCUGGAUCCUACUCCUGCGGAUGUCACAUGGGCUUCCAGCUAAUGGAGGACGGGUUUUCAUGUCAGGAUGUGAACGAAUGUGCCCGCGGGUCACACGACUGUCAGCAGCUAUGUGAGAACACCGUGGGGUCUUUCCAGUGCAGCUGCUCUUCUGGAUUUCAACUCGCGGCAGACAAAAAAAAUUGCACAGAUAUCAACGAGUGUACCAAGGGCACUCAUAACUGUUCCCAGGUAUGUAACAACCAGCCGGGAGGGUAUUUCUGUAGUUGUUACACCGGCUACCAGCUCCAGGCAGACGGACUGGCUUGUUUCGAUUUUAAUGAGUGUACUACGGGGACUCACCAGUGUUCCCAGGACUGUACAAACACCCCGGGGUCCUACAUCUGUAGCUGUAAGCCGGGAUUUCUACUGCAGCCAGAUAAACUGACCUGUAGAGAUAUUAACGAGUGUGAGACGCUGAACGGCGGCUGUUCGACCUACUGUACUAAUAUCGCGGGUUCCUUUUACUGCUCGUGUGGAGUGGGGUACCGCCUGGACUACGACGAGAGGACGUGCGUUAAAGACGAGGCUGCCAAAUGCUACCACCCGUACGGUAUCUUCCCCCACCACAGCGACUGCAGGAAGUUUAUCGUGUGUGUGAUGGGAGAAGUGAUCUCCGUCCAGCCGUGUCCAGACGACCAGGCUUGGGACCUAGAGGCUGGACACUGCAUCAACGAGACCCUGGCCAACUGCUCCAGGAUUGUACCGCCCACCAAACCCCCUAUUUGCGAGGAGGGAGUGUACGCGGACAUGGACAACUGUGGCGGGUUUGUGGUCUGUAGCCAAAACACGCUGUUUAACUUCGUCUGUCCUGCAGGACUGCUCUUUAAUAAUGAUACCAAGGAGUGCGAGAAAGCAGAAGACGUCGACUGCGGUGGAAGAGCGAAGUUUGCUGACCCCCUCUGCGACCAUCCCAAUGGCAACUUUGAGGAGCCAACUAACUGUGCAGAGUUCUUAUCGUGUGAAAAUUACCUCAUCUACAGACAUAGAACGUGCCCCAAUGGCCUGCUGUAUUCCGAGGCCAGAGAUCGCUGUGACUGGUCGUCUAAUGUGGCAUGCGGGGGAAGACCGUCAUCUCCGCCUUAGGGAACUGACCUUAGCUUUAAUUUUAAAAAACACCAUUUUUUGGUGAUAUUUGUUCCAAAUGUAAGAAAUGCUGUAAAUAUUAUAAUUCUUAAAACGGAAGCCGUGGUUUAUAUUAAAGGACAUGCUAAAAUCAAGUGGAUAGAAGAUACUUCUAAAAUGUAUGUAGCAAUGUAUGUGUCUCUUUUGGGGGCCACAUGUAUUUAAAUAAAAGGGGCAGAUUUAUCAGUUAU